AUGGCAGAAGGUGUGGAUAUUGCGUCGGCGGUCGGCACAUGGCUGGCUGCUGUUCUCGCUCUCGUCGCGCUCUUUGGGAUCAUUGGGCCAUUUCUGCUGUGGACCACCCUUCGCUCGGAGAAACACAUUGCCCACCGGGCGAUCGACGACCCAUCGCAUCGCUUUGUUUCCUCUGGAAUACGGAUUUGGCGUGAUACGAGAAUACUUCGACGGGCACGCGUGCCUAGACUGACAGACAUUCCACAACUUCCUAGGCAAUUUAAUGGGCAGAGGAAAGACGACUGCCUCAUCGACCCUCCAAGAUCCAAGGAUCGAAGCGGCCACUUGAUGCUCGGAUACGGCCACACAUGGCUCCCGGCGCAUAAACUCUGGGUCCUGGUUCUGGGGUUGCUUGGACGCUACAGUAAUCGUGAGGACAAGGGGCAAGUGAUUGUGGACAAGAGUAACACUCGACUAGACUAUGACCGAGACGUUGGCGAGGACGAGCGUGACGUGCUGCACGGCAGCAUCGGACCGCUGAGACGGUGCCUGCCACUUGGCAAUAAAGUGUUUGAUCUUAGUAUGACUCGAAAGCGCUUCCGCAGCAGAUCACGAGUAAGUUCUCGUCGAAGGAGUUCAACAAGCGGCGAUUCUGAAGAUUCAAGAAGCAAUCGCAGCAGUAUUGCAUCAACGAAUCCCGAGUCCGAGCCGGAGCCCGAGGCUGAGCACACGGACGAAGACGCUGGCGCUGCACAAGUGGGCGAAGAGGCGCAGGAAGCAAUCCAAAGACGAUGGGAAUCGGAGCGGUAUGCCUAUGAGGGACUCGAAUUUUACUACCUAGAGCAAAUGGAAGACAUUCUCCCCACGGCGAAGUGGACUAUGUGGGCGAACGCCAUGGGCUGCGACAUGGAAGCUGUCCACACCAUCGAGCAGCUGGAGAUAUCCAAUACGAAUGACACGCAGGUCAUGGCGAGCAUCCUAGACAGUGUACCGAGCAAGCGGAGACAUGACAGACUGAAAAGGCAACUCGACGAGCAGGUGGGCAUGGCGCAAGAGCGGAUCCAGAACACGACGGGACCGUGGAUGGCAGUCAUUCUGCUGGCAUGCGAUAUGAGCGAGCUUCAGAUAGCAACGCACAGGGACGCCUAUAUCCGGCGUGUUGACUUGCAAUCCAUGGCCCUGGCUGCCUUGUCAGUGCCAGUCACACGGCGGCAUUUUCUGUUCAACUCUGAGCGCAGCGAUAGCGUGUUCUCCAUGCUCACCGUGGCGCGCUUCAAGCAGCGCAAGAUAGUGGAUGCGGUGAAGCGGACGCUGCCACACUGGCACCUGGACAAGCCGGCUACUACGUUGGAACAACUGCUGCAGGACGCGGAAAAGGUGCGGGUGGAUGGCGGUCACAGCCGGCGUGACACUGAAGUGCUGUGCCAGCUAGAUAGCUAUAUUAGCACAAUAUGGCGUGGGAGCAGGGUCGUCGGCCAAUGCAUUGGCGUCCUGUACCUCACCAGCCACGACUUCCGGUCCUUUAUCGACGAGCUGGCCGAGCACUCGAGCAUCCACGUCGACAUGGCCUUGGACCAGGUCGAAGCCGUCGCAGCCAGCGGCGAGCAAACCACCUGGAGCCUCGACUUCGCCGCCGUCUUCCCCGCAGCCACGCUUCCCACUACUCGUCUGCCACGCACCCGCGUCGAGCUCAAAGACCUCAUGCUCGCUGCGCUACAGGCUUGGGUGCGCAUCACGUGGUUCGCGCAGCCCAUCGACGCCCGGCCGCUGAUCAGCUUCGUUGACGCACUCAGCGACAUGGUGCACGUCGCGGCCGACACACAGCCACCGCGCCGCCACCGUAGCAUCGACCCGAUCCUUGGUGGCGGAUACUCCCGAGGGUCGUUCAUGAGGCCCAGGCACUCUCAAGAAGAGAUGGUAGUGACGGAACGUUCUCCGCACCACCGCCGCAGCAUGCAUACGCCUCCGCAGAAUGUACACGUCUCCGCUCGCGUUUCACCUGCGACAAUAUAA